AUGGGAUACAAUCAUAUGAGCUUUCAACUUUCUGCUGAGGAUGUUGUAUGGAAAAAGUUAUAUGAGAAACAUAAGUCUGCCAAAACUUUUAGAAAGAAGGGAUGUAAGCAUUAUGAUAAAUUAUGCACAAUUUAUGGGGAUACAACCGCUAUUGGUGCUAGUUCACAUCCUUCUACUAAAAGCCCUUCUGAGAGUGAGGAUGAAGAUGACACAGAUGGAGAAGGGGGUGACUCAAGAAAACAAUGUGAAGAGGGUCCUAAAAACAAAAACAAAAUCAAGCCUAAUGUCAAUCGUAAGAAACUUAGGGAUAGUGUUAAUGUAGGAAUGGCGGAUGCCUUGAUAGUUAUGGAUUUUGACAUUGAAGAUAUUUUAUCGGAUUCUGAUGAGGAAGAUUUUCAACAAAUAUUGACAAUUUAUAUUAACUUACAAAAUAACGGACUUAUAGCGGAUAGAUUUCAACAUUCCUUAGAAUCUACUCACCGCCAUUUUGGAAAGGUUUUGUAUGCCAUUGCAUCAUUAUCGAAGCAUUGGACUGUUCCUCCGGCAUUUGAUGAAACACCUCCAGAAAUAAAAAAUAACCCAAGAUACUAUCCGAUUUUCAAGGAGCUAGAUGGAACUCAUGUAUCAGCACGUGUGCCACAAGAUGAUCAAAUUCCCUAUCGUGGAAAAGAAAAAAAGUCUACGAUGAAUGUAAUGUGUGCUUGCUCAUUUGACAUGAAAUUUACAUUUGUGAUGGCUGGGUGGGAAGGUUCGGCUAAUGAUUCAAGAAUUUUUUGGGAAACAAUUACAAAUGUAGAAGAGACCAAGUUUCCUAUGCCUCCUACUAGAAAGUAUUAUCUUGUAGACUCAGGCUAUACAAAUAUACCAGGAUUUCUUCCACCGUAUCGUGGAGAACGAUAUCAUUUGCGUGAUUAUAGAGGAGCAACAAGCCCACAAGGUCCUGAGGAAAUAUUUAAUUAUACACAUUCUUCAUUGAGAAAUGUUAUUGAAAUAUGCUUUGGGGACGGAGAUCCUUUGUUCAUACAGUAUGCGGAUGAAAAUGUCGAACUAGAAGAUGAUGCAAUCAACAACAAUGGAUCCGAGGACCUAGUGACUCCUUCUGUAAGUCAACAAGAACUUCAAAGAAUGGCUCAGUUUCGAGAUCAUUUGGCAACAAGAUUGUGGGAAAGACAAAAUUCAUAA